AUGGCCAUGGCGAGCAACCGCGCCCGCGUUUUGCCUAUGCUGCUCGCCGUGGCCGUGCUUCUCCUCGAACAAAUCGCCCUCUCAUCGGCAGACUUCCCUCUCGGCGGCCAGGCCACGGUGCAGCUGCCUCCGGCCCCCUGCCAGCCGGGCUUCGCCGCGAGGGCGGUGGUGCUCGAUGCCCACGGCCAUCGGCAGCCGGCCUUUGUCGCUGCCGUGAGCGCCGCCGAGGCCGGCGCGGGGCGGUGCACGUGCUCGCUGGUCGUCCUCCUGGGCGGCGUUAAGGUCUGGGCCUCCGACCAUCUCGAGAAGUUCGUGCCGGCCGCCCUGUGCCGGCUUGAGCUCACUGAGGGCGGCCAGCUGCGGCUGACGGACGGCGCCGGGAAAGUCGGGUGGCUGUCCGGCACGGCGGGGCAAGGCGUCAAGGCGCUGCACUUGGAUCGCAAGACCGGCAACCUCGUCCUCCUCGACGCCCAGAACUGCACCAGGUGGCAGAGCUUGGACGAUCCGACGGACACAUUCCUACGCGGCCAGCAGCGCAGACUGCCCGUGUACUUGAUCGCGCCCACGACGACAAAGGUGGUGUCCUCGGUGUUCUACUCCUUCGAGCUUGACGGCGACAAGAUAGCCGCCUACGUCAACUUCGGGGAGACCAGGUACUCCUACUGGGAGCUCGCCCCUCCGGCCAACCGGACGAUGGCAUCGGCGAGGCUCAACGGGUCUGGGCUGAGAAUGCUGGACCUGCAGGGAGUGACGGUGGCGCAGAUCACGCCGCCGGUGAAGAAACCACCGGUAAGCUUCCUGGCACUGGGCGACGAUGGCAACCUGGUGAUGUACUACUACGACACUCAGCACCAGAAGUUCAGGGCCUCGUACAGGGCACUCGGGUUCUGCGAGCUCCCUCUCUCCUGCAGCGUCCACGAGGUCUGCUCAUCCGCCGGGAAAUGCAAGGACUUCUCCGAGUACGCCGAUCGGCCGCCGGCGCGCUCCGGAAACGCCAGCUGCGAUAAAGCGUGUAUGGUCCACUUGAGGGGCGUCACCACGGUGCUCCGGACCUCGUCUCCGCUGACCAACGUGACGCUUCGGGAGUGCGUGGUGCAGUGCGCGCGCAACCUCUCGUGCAACGCCGCACUCUACGUGAAGGACGACGCCGGCGUCGUCGCUGCGGCCGAGCACGGCGUGUGUUCGCACUACACACUGACGGCGGGGGCCAGGGAGGUGACUGACGGGAGCCGCCGGUACAGCUACUGGGUGAAGUUCCCUGCAGCAGCAGCAGGAGGUGACGAGGACGACGACGACGACGAGGACGAGGACGAUGACAGUUUCCCCGGCAAGCUUAGCACUAGCACGAUAUUGAUGAUCUGCGGGGCGAUCGACGUGGUGUGCGCCUUGGUGUUUGUGGUGCUCGUAGCCUUGUAUUUUCGCCGGCUUCGUAAGCUCGCGGGCGCGGUGGACAGAGUUGUCGAGCUCCAAGAGGGCGAGACCGAGGGCGCCGGGGAGCAAAACGACACCCGACAGUAA